AUGGCACCAACAUGGGAAGAAAUCAUUGUAUCUAAGCGAGCCAGCCUUAAGGCUGCCAUUCCUGCCGAAUAUAUCAUCCCUUCCACCAUUCUCCCUGCACUUGAAACACCCGGACUUGAUGUAUCAAACUUCAUCGCCCAGUCAGGAUGGUUUUCUGAGCCCGAGAUAGAUAUCCUCAAGUCUUCGGCUACUGAACUUCUGCGACACUUGGCUGAUGGAUCCCUUACAUCGGAGACUGUCACUAAAGCCUUUUGCAAGAGUGCUGCAGCAGCUCAACAGCUGAUCAAUCCUUUGAGUGAGAUUUUUUUUGAUAAAGCGCUGGAGACAGCGAAAUCUUUGGACGAGUAUCUGAAGUCGACCGGUAAGCCUAAGGGCCCUCUGCAUGGAUUGCCUAUCUCCAUCAAGGAUAACUUCAAUAUCAAAGGAAAAGAUUCUACUCAGGGUUUCACCUCUAGAGUUGGCCAGCCUGCUGAAUCCAACAGUCCGAUGAUUCAACUCUUGUUGGAUGCCGGAGCGGUUCUAUAUGUUAAGACCAACGUCCCUCCUGGAAUGAAACGCGGAGAGACAUACAACCUUCUAUUCGGCAAAACUCUUAACUCCAAAAACAACCUCUGGUCAGCUGGUGGCUCGUCUGGUGGUGAAGGUGCUCUUAUCGCCUUUGGCGGUAGUUGCUUGGGGGUGGGAAGUGAUAUUGGUGGCUCUUGUCGUUGGCCCGCUGCGUGCGGAGGUCUCUUUACCCUUCGCCCAUCAACCCAGCGUUGGUCGAUUUCUGGGAACAGCAGUCUCACACCUGGCCAGGAUAGUAUCAGAGCGGUACCGGGCCCUAUGGCUAGAACGAUGGAGGAUGUUAUUCUAUUCAGCAAAGUCUUUGCUCAGCGUGCUCCGUGGAAAUAUGAUCCUGACUGUGUCCCGCUUGAGUGGCGCGAAAUUAAGCCGAGAACCCUUAAGCUAGCGGUGGCCUGGGAUGACGGAAGCGCUCGUCCCACACCACCCGUGAAAAGAGCACUGGAGGGUGCGGUGGCAUCUCUGAAGAAGGCUGGCCAUGAGAUUGUCGACUGGAAGAUGACGCCCGAAGACUGGAAAGAGCUGAUGGAGAUUGGAAUGGGUAUCUUCCUUGCUGAUGCUGGUAACUGGCUUAAGAAGCCCCUGGCCAAUGGAGAGCCUAUGCCGGCUAAUCUGGUCUUCCCUCUCGAGGGAAUCCCGAAGACCCUCUUUGAACUCCACGAUCUUCAUGUAUUGCGCGAUCAGCUGAGAAUGAAGUGGUUUCAGAAGUGGAAGUCAAUUGAAGGCCUUGAUGGCAUUCUAAUUCCAACCUCACCAUACAGUAUUUGCAAGUACGACGGUAUCAAAUCGAACUAUACCAUGAUUGCCAAUGUUCUUGACUACGCUGCGUCGUCGUUCCCUACAGGUUAUUACGCCGAUAAGAACAUUGACAAGCCGUACACCGACUACACACCCAUCAGUGAGGCUGAUAAGGUUCUUCAGGAGGAAUAUGACCCUGACUUUUGUCACGGUGCUCCUGUGAGCUUCCAGAUAUUUGGCCAACGGCUUGAAGAGGAGAAGGUAUUGAUGAUGACGGAGGUUGUGUCCCGGUGUAUUUCUGGAGUUUGA